AUGAACUACUAUUGCUGCCAGGAUCAGAAUUUGCUCGAGGAUGCUACGGAUGCCAAGGGUGGCGUGUUAAGAACGUUCAAAGCUGGCUGUAGAUGGGAGUUUGACGUUUGA